UUCUUCGGCCAGCUGGCGAAAGAAAACAAAAUAACAGAACGAUCACCACAAGUCCCAAGUGCUCUCAUUUCUAAGGUUUUGGGCUAGCUAUUAUUUGUUUUCUCCGAAAAUGUAAAUCAAAUUUCGGCCUGAACUUUAUCUAUCGCAUCUUUAAGUUCAUCAAAAUGUCUGGUUCGUACUAUUUCUACAUCGUCUGCCACACGGACAGCCCAAUUUUCGAAAUGGAAUUCUUGCCCACAACCAAAGAACCAAAGAAAGAAGACCAUCGGCAUUUGAUUGAAUUCAUUGCCAAUGCCGCUCUAGAUUUAGUUGACGAACAUAUGUGGCGGACAAGCAACAUGUACUUGAAAGCAGUGGACAAAUUCAACCAGUGGUUUGUGUCCGCCUUUGUGACCGCCAGCAACAUUCGAUUUCUUGUGGUGCACGACAACAAGAACGAAGACGGCAUCAAGAACUUCUUCAUGGAGAUGUACGAGACUUACAUCAAGUUCUCCAUGAACCCCUUCUACAAACAAAACACGCCAAUCAAGAGCACGGCGUUCGAGAAGAAAGCUCAGUUCUACGGAAGGAAGUUUCUCACAAGCUAAUUGGUGUGCUUGUAAGAUUUAUUUUGAAUAUUAUUUUCAAGAAUAAUUUAUAAGGUAUUAAGUUAAUAGAGUUGCAAUUAAAAAUUGCUGCUGUUGAUUAUGAUUUAAUGAAAAUCUGGUAAUAAAAUAUUGUAAAAUAUGGAAAGACAAAGUUUG